UCGCGCAUAUGGCAGUCGAAGUUACUUCGCUGUUAUACAAAAUUAAUGAUCGCACAAAAGUAUUGAACGAAAAGCCAGCUAAAUUAAAAUAGCUGGUCAAAAAAAUUAAUAUUAUGCGCAUAAUCUAUAAAUCAAUCGCAAGUUACGAAAGCAGUUAAAAAUUGGAUUCGUUAAUUAAUUACAAAUACUUUUCCCAAAAGCAACAAAAGUCAACUAUACAGCUACAGGAACCUUACAAACUAAACUAAACGAAAAGCCGUGAAAUUUUAUAACGCAAAGUAUAAAGUAGUCAAAUAAUAAAGCACAAACAUGAAUCCAGAAUUAUCGAAGAUACAAAGCAGCAAUCUUGCGCUCUCACCACUCAUCGCCAAAGCACUCAAAAAAAAGCCAGCAAAACCGUUGGGAGAACGCACAAAGGCGGUGCGACGACAGGAAUUAAUGGUGUUGCUGGGAAAUGCCUGUGUGGUGUCAUCAGGCAUGUCGGUGGCGCUGCCUUCGGUUUCAUGGCCACAACUAACAAGUAAAGAUGAUAUUUAUCAGCUCGGUACGGAGGAAAUCAGUUGGUUUGCAUCCAUCAACAAUAUGUCCUGUCCCAUUGGUGGUUUGAUAGUCGGUUAUCUCAUGGAUCGCUUUGGACGCAAAAACACAAUGCUUUUAACCAAUCUUGUUGGUUUAUUAGGUUGGACAUUGCUGGUCACGGCACCCUUUCAAAGCUCCAGGGAUUUAAUUUUCAUACAACUGUUGCUUGGUCGUUUCAUGACAGGACUUAUGAUGGGCGCAGCUCUGUCGCCCGUGGGCUCAUACUCGGCAGAAAUCAGUUUACCACGUAUACGUGGACGACUGAUUUUGGGUUCAUCAAUUGCCAUAGCUACCGGCAUAUUGCUGAUGUAUGUAUUGGGAUACUUCAUACAGAACCAUUUUCAAUUAAUCUGCCUCAUCUCAGCUAUUUAUCAAUUUAUUGCAUUCUGCUGUGUUUUACCAAUACCAGAGUCUCCCAGCUGGUUGCUACAACAGGGCUACUCGGAAAAGGCACGGAAAUCACUCAAAUAUUUUCGUGGCCUUUCUUCCGCAGACAACACCACUUAUGACGAGUUUGAAAAGGAGCUGGCGCUCAUCAAAAAAACAUCUGACCAAAGCCGCACUGACGCUGAAAAUGAAUCACUCUUGCAAGCCAUACGCGCCCGUGAAGUAUACAAGCCGCUCAUUAUUAUGAUUUGCUUCUUCUUCUUUCAGCAAUUCUCUGGCAUUGUUAUUGUGAUAGUAUUUGCUUCACAAAUCGCCGCAAGCGCAGGCGUAUCUGCCGAUCCUAUGCUCGUAGCUAUAUUUGUCGGCAUUGCACGCAUCAUCACCACAUUCUUCAUGAGCACCAUUUUCGAGCGAUGGGGUCGACGACCAGCGGGUGUGCUCUCGGCAGCUGGUAUGACUAUCGCCAUGUUCUUAUUAGCGGCCAACGGUUGGUGGCCUAUACUCGGCGAGACCUUUGCACUACUGCCAGUGAUUUGCAUUGUUCUACAUAUCAUCUUCUCAACACUGGGUCUACUGACACUGCCUUUCCUGAUGAUCUCCGAGGUAUUUCCGCAACGUAUACGAGGCAGUGCUAAUGGCUUUACGCUGUUCAUUGGACUUACCUUCUCAUUCGGCGUGGUGAAAUUGUACCCCACCGUAGAGUCGCUGAUCGGUACACCCAAUAGCUUCUUCGGAUUCGGGCUUAUUUCACUAUUGGCUUUGGUGUUCAUUGUUUUCGCUGUGCCCGAGACGAAAGGUCGCACAUUGCUGGAGAUUGAGAACUACUUCCGUACAGGACGUCGCGUAACAAAUGCACAAGUGGCGCGUCGUGAGUCGCAGAUUGCGAUGGAAGUAGCAGCGGGUGUUUAUAGUUCACAGUAUGAACUGGAUGAAGUAAUCAUGCGUUUAAGUAAAGUGCAUGAAGAUUGUGAAACAGAGAUUGAGUGAUACAAAUAAAGUAGGAUAUUAGUAGAAUUAAAAUAAGAAAAUUGACACAAGAGAAUUUUUUCAUAUUAACUUAUCGUAAUGUAGGUAUGCGUUUGUUUAGAAAUAGGAGUACUUAAAUUAAAAACAAAUACAGUAAUUAAGCUGUGAUGCAAGCACUUUGUUAAAAGUUCAAUACAGGUACUAUCAUCUAAGUUAUCAACAAAUUAAUAAAGCAAUAAUUUUUAUUUGAAGAUGAUAAA